AUGGCCAUCAGAGUGAUUGUUUACGUUUUAGUGGCGCUGUUCGGGUCGAGUUCAUGGCUGAGCACGAAUUCCGUAUGGAUGGAACUACCGCUUCUCACCGACCGUUUGCCAGAGGGUUGGAGUCUUCCGUCGUAUUUGGCUGCUGUCGUGCAGAUUGCGUGUAUAGGUCCUCUAAUCUACAGCAUACUGCAUAAAUGCACAAAAGUUAAUGUGCCAACUGCACCGGCCAUUCUUGCGUUGUUAGUAUUUUGUUGCGUAUGUACGGCACUUCUGGCGUUCUUCUGGAAUGUCACCUAUUUCGUGUUUGGUCAGCAACAUUCUGUGGCUCUCGUCAUCUUAUUGUUCGGAAUGGCCUUAGUGAAUGCUACAUCGAAUGUGUUGUUUAUGCCAUAUAUGUCAACUUUUCAUCCCACUUACUUCACUGCGUAUUUUGUCGGAAUGGGUUUGAGUGCUCUUUUCCCGAGUUUGGUGUCCAUCGCACAAGGAUCGAGUGAUGAAUGUGUGAUGGUGAAUGGAACGAUGACACGUGAGAAGAUUGCGGUUCGGUUUGGGAUUCGUGAAUACAAUUUGGUGAUGUUCGUCUGGUUGGUACUGUGCACAGUAUCGUUCGUGUUGCUGAGAUGGUCGAAUAUAGCAUCUGAAAGCACGAAAAGAGAGCCAAAGAUUCGCAGUAAUGCAGAUUUGCCAGUGGAUGAAACAAGUCCAUUGCAUCGAUAUGCGGAUAUGAGUCAUGAAGAGGAGCGGGUGAAUGGGGUGAGUAAGAUGCGUUAUGGUUAUUUGUUGUUUCUGAUGGCACUGGUGAAUGCACAGAUGAACGGAAUCAUACCGAGCAUUCAGAGUUUUGCGGCGAUUCCGUACUCUCAGGCCACAUACCAUCUUGGACUAACACUGUCAAAUAUAUUCGCGCCUGUGGCUUGCUUUAUACCGAUGUUUCUCCAGCCUAAGCGAAUUGUUCCGCUGACAUUGCUCACUGUUCUCUCGACGGCUCUGACGGCAUUUAUUGUUAUGUUGGCUGCGAUGAGUCCAACGCCUUACCUUUAUUCGUCUGUUUAUGGAAGCAUUCUAUGUACGGUCGUGGUGGUGGUUGCAUGCGCAUUGCAUUCAUAUCUGCGUACCGUAUUCGCAACAGUGCUACGUGAAAGUGCUGAAGAUAGUGAGUCGAAGUUGUUUUGGUGUGGUGUGUUUAUACAGAUUGGUUCAUUCCUUGGAUCGUGUCUGAUGUUCCCUCUGGUUAACAUUUUUGGACUGUUCACUUCGGCACCACCGUGUCCAUCGUAA